GCAGCGGCGGCGGCGUUUGAGUGGAGGAAGAUGGCGGCUCCGGGUGGUCCUGGGUCCCGCCAGCUGUGAGGUGUCCCAAGUGUGGCAAGCGCGGCCUGAAGCGGAGCGCCUCCUCUUCGGCACAGUCCUCUGCUCCCUCACCAUCGUCAGCAGCGGAGCGAGCCCGAGAGCGUGGAGCGGGCUGGGCCAGAAUUACCUUUGCUGCAGCCAGGACUUGCUCCUUUUUUAACGAUUCCACAUUUAUUCUUACAAGCAUUUUAUCUGGACUCUUAUGCUAAUUGAUGAACAAGCAGUAAGCAGUUCAGAUGUACCAGUAAGUCGCCACCAUUCUCCUGACAAAGCUGAGGCUUCAGUCAUUCGAAGACAUGCUUUCGGAAGCUGCAUUUUUCUUCCGAGCCGUGGGAAGCUGUGAGGCACUGUGGUCAGGAGCGCCAUCCUCCUUCCAGCACCAGCUGCCACGGCUUCUGAGAUUCUCCCGUGCAUAGAGAUUCCCCCGUGCAUAGCGUGCACACUUGCACCUGCUGGGCAGCCAGAACUGCCUAGUCCCUCCGAAAAGUCUUCGGCUUGGAAACCCAGACCCCAACAUGUGAAUCUGCUGCCAGCAGAGUGCACUGGGUGUCUCUUUUAUAUUUGAAAGAUGAUUUUGCUGGAUAUGGAAUUCUUGGUUAACAGUUUCUGGUGUGCAGCGUAAAAGAAGUAUCAGAGGAGUAGAUAAUUCCUAACAACCUGUCAAGUGGAAUGUCAUGGCCAGCUCCUCGGACAGUGAAGAUGACAGUUUCAUGGCUGUGGACCAAGAAGAAAGUGUGCUGGAAGGGACAAUGGAGCAAGAUGAAGGGCCUCACCAAGCAUUGGAGGUUGAGGAGACUAGACAUAAUAGGUCCAUGUCUGAGCUGCCAGAAGAGGUUUUGGAGUAUAUCCUGUCCUUUCUCUCUCCAUAUCAAGAACACAAAACUGCAGCCCUUGUCUGCAAACAGUGGUAUCGACUUAUCAAAGGUGUAGCUCACCAGUGUUACCAUGGUUUCAUGAAGGCUGUCCAGGAAGGAAACAUUCAGUGGGAGAGCCGCACUUACCCUUAUCCUGGAACCCCAAUCACACAGCGGUUCUCACACAGUGCUUGCUAUUAUGAUGCUAAUCAGUCUAUGUAUGUGUUUGGAGGCUGUACCCAGAGCAGCUGCAAUGCUGCUUUCAAUGACCUCUGGAGACUUGACCUAAAUAGUAAAGAGUGGAUACGACCUUUGGCUUCAGGGUCCUAUCCUUCUCCAAAAGCCGGAGCAACCCUGGUUGUGUACAAGGACUUGCUGGUGCUAUUUGGUGGCUGGACACGGCCAAGCCCUUAUCCCCUCCACCAGCCAGAGAGAUUCUUUGAUGAAAUACACACUUAUUCACCCUCCAAAAACUGGUGGAACUGCAUUGUGACAACCCAUGGGCCACCUCCCAUGGCUGGCCAUUCCUCCUGUGUGAUAGAUGAUAAAAUGAUUGUCUUUGGUGGCUCCCUAGGAUCCCGGCAAAUGAGCAACGAUGUCUGGGUCCUGGACCUCGAGCAGUGGGCAUGGUCCAAACCGAACAUCUCUGGCCCCAGUCCUCAUCCUCGAGGUGGCCAAUCUCAGAUUGUCAUAGAUGAUACAACUAUCUUAAUCCUUGGAGGGUGUGGUGGUCCCAAUGCUCUGUUCAAGGAUGCCUGGUUGUUGCACAUCCACUCGGGUCCCUGGGCCUGGCAGCCUCUCAAGGUGGAAAAUGAAGAUCAUGGGGCCCCAGAACUGUGGUGCCAUCCAGCUUGCCGGGUGGGACAGUGUGUGGUGGUCUUCAGCCAAGCUCCUAGUGGGAGAGCCCCUCUAAGCCCCAGUUUGAACUCUCGCCCGUCACCUAUCAGUGCCACCCCUCCAGCCCUGGUUCCCGAAACCCGAGAGUACCGCUCUCAGUCUCCAGUAAGGAGUAUGGAUGAAGCUCCUUGUGUUAAUGGCCGCUGGGGAACACUAAGGCCCAGGGCUCAAAGGCAGACCCCCUCAGGCUCCCGGGAAGGGAGCCUGUCUCCAGCAAGAGGAGAUGGCUCUCCCAUCCUCAAUGGUGGGAAUUUAUCUCCAGGAACAGCAGCUGUUGGUGGGUCUUCCUUGGACAGCCCUGUACAGGCCAUAUCUCCUAGCACUCCAUCUGCUGCUGAAGGAUAUGACUUAAAAAUGGGACUUUCUUUGACCUCCCGACGAGGGUCAUUACCAGAUCAAAAAGAUCUGAGAUUAGGAUCAAUGGAUCUGAAUUGGGAUCUCAAACCUACUUCCAGUAGCAAUCAUAUGGAAGGCAUGGACAGCAGGACAGUCAGCGGAAGUAUGAGACACCCUUCUGAACAGACUAAUGGAGUGCAUACCCCACCACAUGUGGCCAGUGCCCUAGCAGGGGCUGUCUCUCCAGGUGCCCUGCGCCGGAGUCUGGAAGCCAUCAAAGCAAUGUCAUCCAAAGGCCCGUCAGCCUCCGCAGCACUAAGUCCCCCUCUGGGGUCUUCUCCAGGCUCCCCUGGGAGCCAGAACCUGAGCAGUGGAGAAACAGUGCCCAUCCCCCGCCCUGGGCCUGCUCAAGGGGAUGGACAUUCCUUACCUCCCAUUGCCCGCCGUCUGGGCCACCACCCUCCACAGUCCCUAAAUGUUGGCAAACCCCUGUAUCAGAGUAUGAACUGCAAGCCCAUGCAGAUGUACGUGCUGGACAUUAAAGACACCAAGGAGAAGGGGCGAGUCAAAUGGAAAGUAUUUAAUAGCAGUUCUGUAGUCGGUCCUCCUGAAACCAGCCUGCAUACAGUGGUACAAGGCAGGGGUGAACUCAUCAUAUUUGGAGGGCUCAUGGACAAGAAACAGAAUGUGAAGUACUAUCCAAAAACAAACGCCUUGUACUUUGUGCGAGCAAAGAGAUAAUAUGUUCUAAACUCCUUUCCCUUUCUGUGGCUUUUAAUUUGGAAUUUUCCAACAUGCAAGCAUUUGGACUGAGAAUGGGGAAAACAAAGAAUAAAACUACUCCCAUAAACCAAAACUCCAAUUCCCAGCCUAACUCACUCCAGGCUGGGAUCAAAUCUCCAUUAAGAAAAAAAGUAUAUAUAUAUAUAUAUUAUAUAGCCAAUUCUGUUUACAUAAGCGGAGAGAUCUCCAUCCUGGUUCAGAUAAAAUUGUUGCUGUGUUUUAGCAGAGGCUUUGCUGCCUUUUUCUACUUUAUUGAUAACUAGACCAAGAAUUUAGGGAACAGAUUAACUAAUAUUAGUAAUUUUCCAAAAGAAACUGAAGAGUCCCCCAUAAAAUUUUAUGUUACCUUCUUGGAGUUAGGAAAAAAAAAGGGGUAGGGGGAUGGGGGGGCAUGUAUAAGGUGUAAAGACAGAUGUUUUCAGUUCCACAUUUUCAGAUUCAGGUGCUGGCAGGGUGAGAGUAACCCAUAGAAGACUGUCUUUCCCCUUCUCUUAAAACCGUAGAGGACCUGUGAAAAUCUCCCUGCAGUAAUGCCCUAGACCUGGCCCCAUUCUGCCCUUUAUGGCUGAGAAAAGUUAUCCAACAAGGAAUUUUGUUCUGCAUUUGUGUGCCAGAAUCAUUGUGGAAAAAUGUUUAUGCAACUGGCACCUGUUUACGAGUGUCCAUUGGUCUUUUGAGGACUCUCUCUGUGUCUCUGAAAUUAUUUUGGUGUCUGAUAGUGGAAUUUUCUGACAAUCAUAUUUGGUUGCAAGUUGCCAAAAACUACAUUUGUUUUCCCUUUUGUUCCCUUGAAACCUGGUUCUUGGAGGCUGCCUCUUCCAUGUAAAGGCUUUUUUUUUUUUUUUUUAAUGUGGAUUUUUUAAGUCCUAAAAUCUUUCUCACUCUCUGUUUCUUUUAUAAAGCUCAGGUGCCUGGAGAAAUAAGAUUCUUCUAAGAAAAAUAUUUCUGGAACCUUUUCUCUGGUGUCACUUGGGGGGCUGGUAGGGAAUUCCAAGAUACAAGUAUCCUGAGAGAUCCUCAAAGCACCAAAAGAUACUGUUUUCCUCUGUGCUUCUUUUUACUCCCAGGCACCUUGAGCAUACCUGUCCAUAUUUGUAGUAUGUGGGGAAAUUGAUCCUGGAAGAGAAUCCCAGUGACAGCCUUUCCAGAAACGAUUUUCCCUCGUUGUGAUCAAGUAUUUUCUGCCUGGCUAUUGGGCAGGUGAUUUGAGUGUCAGGUACUUGACCUCCAUGACUCCUGGCUGACUUUGGAAGCAGCUCCAUCCCUUGCACUUGUCUUAUUCAUGUGUCCCUCAAAUAGGGCUUGAUUUUUCACAUUCACUUCAUUUCCGAGAUAAGGGGCACCCAAGAUCAUUUCUUUGAGUAAUACAGGAGAUUAUAAGUUACCAAUCUCUAAACCAUGGCCUAGAUAUAGGAAACAUUGGAAUAAGUGUGUUUCAAAUGGUACCACUUAAAUGUGGAUUUUUGGUGAUUUCUAAUCAGUGGAUAAGAGAAUUUUUAUUUUGCCUUUAGGCUUUUAAAUACAAAAUUCAAAGCAUUGCAUUUCCUACCCCCAAAUUCCCUUAUUUCUUGUUAGCAUUUCCCAGACCCAAACCUGCUUCAGCUGGCCCUGAGUCCUGGCUCUCAACCAGUGCUUAGUCUUUCUGAUCAGUAUGUUUUCUCCUGUUACAUAAUGUCGUAUCCUUUCCCCUAGCCCUCAGCUUUUACAGUGUAGUCUUGGUGAGAAAAACCUCCUGGUGCCAAGCCCAAGAAAGAGCUACCUCACAAGGAGGGGACUCUUUCCCAAAAACUGCUCUACAUGUCCUCUUAGAAGAAGAAACGACUGUGUGCCUACUUCCUUUGGUAUCUGACUACUCGAAGCUCAGCACUUAGCUUUCUAGACUCCCUGCUCUUGGGAUGUUGCCAGUCCUCCUUUGGCAAAGACUGUUAGAUCAUGUGGGGUCCUUAUUCACAAGGGAAAGUUAGCCCAGCAGAUUAGCAAUUUAGGCAUCAUUGCUAUUGCUGAAUCUUGUUUAUGACAUUGCAUUUACACAUGGACAGUGCCUCCAAACUCACUUGUUAUUUAAAUAUCAAGCAUCUGGAAGCCUGAAAGUUCAGAAUCUUGACUUUUGUUCUCUUUCCCUUUGUCCUGUGGCCUUCCUAAGCCAGCUGUUAACCUGUUGCUUCCUUCUUUCCCAGGUAGGCAGGCAACAGAGAUGAUGAUUCUCUUAAGAGAGUAACCCGAUUUCUCUGAGCUCUAUGGCUUCCCAGUAUUACCCACACCACUUGGAACCAGACUGUCCGUUUACAGCUCUUUAAGAAAACAUCUGCCUCAUCUGCACUUGGUAGUGUGGUAUUGGUGGUUCCUGGACCCUGUGGGCAUAUACCCUGGGAAAGCAACUUAACACAGUCAAGACAGUUGUCUCCUUAGCUCUUGAAGCCAUGGGUACAGUAGAAUUCGGGUGUCUCAGAUGAGGUGAGCAUUUCCAUAGCACCGUGGAAUCAGAUUAACCAUUGGAUCAGAUUUAACCACAACUUCAUUUUUGACAUGAUACCGAUUUUGUCUUAAAAUUAACUGAGAAAAAUGAGACAAAAAAUUUAAGCCCUCAGGAGUGCCUCAAGCAAAUAUGUAUCAGUAUUCAAGUAUUUAAAAUACAUUUUGUUUCUAUUUGAAGCUUUAAUCCCUUCCACUCCUGCAAGUGUGCCUUUGAGAGUUUCCCUUUCAGAUUGGCUCCACCGGCCACCUGGUCGACCUCUGUGAGAAUUCUAGUCUAGUCCAACCCUCUCAGACAGAGCUCCCUGUUCUCUCAUUUCAUGGGUUGUACACUAGAGAAGGUUCUGUAUUUUGGUUACAUAUUUCCACCCUUCUUCCACACUUGGGUGGUGAGCUCCACAACAUGUGCUUAUCCCCGCAUUUUGGGAGCACAGAUUAGGUGUCGAAACAAGCUUAAUUUAGUUUUAAGGCAAUACCGGGUUUACUCCUUCCAGUCCUCUGUGGAUUGAUUUGAUUUUAACAUUUGAGUUUUAUAGCAAGGGCUGAAACCAUGAACUAUCCUAGAAACUGUGCUGGGACUCAAAAAAAAAAAAAAAAAAAGAAAAGAAAAGAGGAGGAGAAAGAAA